AGUAACAGACGACACAUUAGGAGCACAGUGUUAAGAGAGGCCAGAGAACUCAUCUGCUGAAAGCUGCACUCUACUUCCACCUGAACAGAGGUCAUGGCUGAGAGACAUAUUCCUUUCUCCCUGAUGCACAGCCCGAGCUGGGACCCGUUCCGUGAAUGGCACCAGGCCAGCCGCAUCUUUGACCAGGCCUUCGGCAUGCCACCUCUGCCUGAAGACUUUGCCACAUUCCCGAGCACCCACUGGCCUGGUUAUCACAGGCCAUCCAUCAUGGGCCCGGACAUGGGACUCAUGCUCCCCCACAGCCAUAUGAUGUACCCUGGCCACCAUAUGGCCCACCAUCCACGUGCCCUGUCCCGCCAGUUGAGCAGUGGUAUGUCUGAGAUUAAGCAGACGCAGGACAACUGGAAGGUGUCUCUGGAUGUCAAUCAUUUCUCACCCGAGGAGCUGGUGGUCAAGACCAAGGAUGGAGUAUUGGAAAUCUGUGGCAAGCAUGAGGAGAGGAAGGAUGAGCACGGUUUUGUGUCCAGAAGCUUCACCAGGAAAUACACGCUCCCCGCUACUGUUAGCGCUGAGAAGGUGACCUCCUCCCUGUCUCCUGAAGGGGUCCUGACUGUGGAGGCUCCUUUGGCCAAGCUAGCCAUCGAGUCCUCUGAGACUACAAUCCCUGUCAAUGUGGAGACCAAAGGUGCCGUGGCGAAGAAGUAAUUUUGUAUUGAAACUAUUUAGCUACUGAAACUGGAAAUAAAGUCAUAAAGAGCCAA